AAAUGGGACACUCGUGCGCAUCAACCGGCACGCUCUCAGUCGCUCCGACUCGGGAACCAGGUCAUCAGCGGAGAUAGCAGGCAAUACCUCGCCCAACUAGGCUAACUCGCUUUAGGCUUUGGUUUUAAGGAUGGACGCCUUCUCGAUUUUUCGGAGCCGACGAUGCUCCAUCGUGCGCAACUGCAAACACGGUCUCUCCCUCUGGUUGGUGGUGUGGAUGGUCCUUGGUGAGCCAAGUCCAGUGUCGGGAUGCCCGCAUCACUGCGUGUGCUACCCGACUCCCAUGACUGUGAGCUGCCAAGCGCAGAACUUCACCACCGUCCCGGUCGGAGUGCCCUAUGAGUCGCAGCGUGUUUUCCUUCAGAACAACAGGAUUACGGAGCUUAGAGUUGGCUCUUUUGGCUUCGGGACGCAGGUCUUGUGGCUGUUUUCCAACAACAUUACAUGGAUCGAAGCAGGGGCUUUUAGUGAGCUGAGGGACUUGGAGGAGUUGGAUCUUGGGGACAACCCUAAUCUUCACCGGCUGGAAGGAGGAGCCUUCCGGGGCCUAGAGAAGCUCCAGAGCCUCCAUAUGCACCGCUGCAAACUCACCGCCCUGCCCCAUGACAUCUUUCACAAGCUGUACAGCCUUCACUAUCUUUACUUACAGGAAAACAGUCUUCACUUUCUGCAAGAUGACAUCUUUUCAGACCUCAUCAACCUGAGCCAGCUUUUCCUGCAUGGAAACCGUUUACGCACCGUCUCAGAAAAUGUAUUCCGUGGCCUGGUCAACCUUGACCGCUUGCUCCUUCAUGACAACCGCGUCAGGCAGGUGCACCGACGGGCCUUCCGCGACCUCGGUCGCCUGACCAUGCUAUUCCUCUUCAACAACUCUCUGCCCGAGCUGCCCAGUCAGGCUCUGAGGGACACUCAGGGCAUAGAGUUCCUCCGCCUCAAUGCCAACCCCUGGUCUUGCGGCUGCGAAGCCCGGGCCCUGUGGGAGUGGUUCCGGGAGGCCCGUGUCUCUUCAUCUGAAGUGAUCUGUGCUUCUCCCUCCACACGCCGCGGCCAAGAUCUGCGCUUUCUUCGAGAAAUGGACUUUGCCCUCUGCCCACUGCCCGAUCCUGGUUCCAUCGCCGGUUCCACCACCACCACUUUCAGCACCAAAACAAGAUGGUGGUUCCACAAAAACAAGCCCCAGUCAUCUACUAAAGGUCUCUUUGAGAAGUCUUCGGAGACCAUCAAAGCCGGUUUGCAUGGGAAAGGCCCAUCCACAACCACAUCACUAGUCAAAUAUGAGCUGGGGGAGGAAGAACUGGCACUGCCUAAACUUGACCAGGAAGAAUACUGGGCAAACUAUGGAAACGAGGACUCGGGUGUCUCCCUGCGAUGCUUUGAGCUCGAAUGUCCACCUGAUUUUGAUCUGCCAACAUUUUCCUCCUCUACCUCACUACAACCCUCCUCCCUCUCACUACUAGCUAUCUCAGUAUUCACAUUCAAACUCCUAUUACUAUUACGCUGA